AGCUUCCUCCGGGCGUUUCUCGCCCGUGCAUCGACGGAAGGCCUACUCUCCUGCGAGGUUGAGGCCUGCUGCUCUCGUACUUCACGCUCCCUACGCCCCGGAGGGGAUCCCGGCGACUCGGGAGUCCGGUGAAGCCGCCUCGAGGGCCCUUUCCCUGACAUCGCCGCCUGGAGGAGCUUCGGCCGGGCUCGCUACGCCUCGGUCAGGCCGGGAGACUUAGCAGCGACGGCGGCGGCUUUCCUGCGGGGUUAGUCCAGCCGCGGCCCUCGAGCGUAGGCGAUGAGUUUGGCGGAGGCGCCGGAGGUGGAGGCGGGAUGGCCGCCCGGAGCCCUGAACAACCCCGCCUUAGAUCUUAAUGAUAAUUCUCCUGAUGAAGCCCUAGUAGAUGACUUUCCUGUCGUAGAUAAGAAAGCUGUGGAGCAAUUAACAGAAGGGCUGAUUUCACAUUAUUUGCCUGACCUACAACGAUCAAAACUAGCCUUAAAAGAACUCACACAGAACCAGGAAGUACUAUUAGAAACCAUACAACAGGAAAUUUCAAAAUUUAAAGAAUGUAAUUCAGUUCUUGAUAUCAACAUGCUGUUUUCAGAAGCAAAAUACUAUCACAAUAAAUUGGUAAACAUUAGGAAAGAGAUGUUGAUGCUGCACGAGAAGACAUCAAAAUUGAAAAGAAGAGCACUCAAACUCCAGCAGAAACGACAGAAGGACGAACUAGAGCGAGAACAGCAGCGGGAGAAGGAGCUGGAAAGAGAAAAACAAUUAACUGCCAAACCAGCAAAAAGGACAUGAAAGCCCAACACGUUUUGACUUGUUGUGCUAAUUAUAACCACCUUUGGACUUUCUGGGGAUACAAUGACCUCCUUGCACUCUUCUGUUCUGUUUUGCCAAGGAAAGUAUUACUACAGUCUUUACGUUUCUAUCUUGCCGUUAAGCAAGGAGCUAGGAACGGAAAGUGUACUACAUUAGCUACUCUUAACCCCUUUUUGAUUAAUGCUUUGCUAAUAUUGCUGGGUCAGGUUAUGUUUUGAAGAAAUAGGAUACUCUGUGGUAGGGUGUCCAACUUCGGCCACUUUAAGGCCUGUGGACUUCAACUCCCAGAAUUCCCCAGCCAGCAUGGCUGGCUGAGGAAUCCUGGGAAUUGAAGUCCACAAGUCUUUAAAGUGGCCAAGAUUGGAAUCUCCUUCUCUGCGGCAUUAAUUGCAACAUCUCACAAGGCCUCCAUUGGUGUGCACCUGUCCCAAACCCAGAUGUGUUCCUUAAUGGUUAACUCUACCUCAUUAAACGUACUCUACAGCACACUUCAGGGUGGUUAUCACCCAUCUAUCCAUAUCCCCUUGCUGAGGGAGGAAGCUUUGCAACUGCAGGGAGCACGGGCAGAAAUCCUUAUGGCAGCCUUCUGAGUUCAGAUUCUCCAAAGACAGGCAAGUAGAAUAUCUUAGCUAGGACCUCAUUGCUUCUAUAGGAUCUUGCUGGGUUAAGAAAUGAUGGGACAACAGAAGAAACAUCCAUUCAGAAACGGUGUAAGGUAGAGGCAUGUCUUGCCCAACAUCUAAUUUCAGGAAAUAAACACAUUCUUGGGAAAUGCCAGGAAGUUCGCGCCCAUCAGUUCGAUUCAACUUUGAAGGAGACAUUUGGUAACAAGCAGCAUUAGAAUUCUGGAUGUGCAGCCUCAAUAUCAAACACACAGGUAGCACGACAAGAAAAGAACAGUGUCAACACUGGAUUGCCCAGUUGAAUGCUGGUGGCAGUCUGAAGGCUCCCUCUUGUGUUCUCAGCAGUUGUUGCUUUUAUGUCAGUCGCCACAAAUAUUUCUCGGUUUAAAAUCCAGUCUGUUUUGGUGACUGUAAUUUGGGGGUCCAUCAAGCAUGAUCUGUAAUACUGUAGCCAGGCAACAAAAUGCGUGAUUAAAAAAAGUCUGCUUGCCUCUGGGGAGAAAUUGGUGUGAUUGUAUUAUUCUCAACCAGCAAACAGAACUGAGAUGUAGGAAGAAAGAAAGAAAGAAAGAAAGAAAGAAAGAAAGAAAGAAAGAAAGAAAGAAAGAAAGAAAGAAAGAAAGAAGAAAAAUAGAGAAAGAAAAAGAAAGAAAAACAAAAGAAAAAUAGAGAAAGAAAGGGAAAAAAGGAAAGAAAGAAAGAAGAAAAAGAAGAGGGGUAGGUCAGCGUUUCUCAACCUCGGCAAUUUUAUGACGUAUGGACUUUAACUUUCAUACAUUUUAAAGUUGCUACGGAUAAGAAACAGAGGUAUAGAGACAUUGUAAUAAACCUAGCAUCAAACUCAUUUUUAUAAUCAAUUAUAAAUACAAUUAGAUUAUGUGGUUUGAUUAAAAUAGAAGAUCAGCAAACGAUAAUACAACAAAA